AUGGCGAAGACACCUUUGGAUGAGGAAACCUCAAAAAAAGUCAUUCGUCAGGUAGAGUUUUACUUCAGUGAUAGUAAUCUUCCGAGGGAUAAAUUUCUCAGGGAAACCAUCAGUGAGAGCGAAGAUGGAAUGGUUAGUUUGGCUUUACUGUGCUCCUUCUCCCGUAUGAGAGGGCAUCUGGGGUUAGGAGAUAUAAAGCCUGAAGAUGUUUCUGAUGAUACAGUUCAGUCUGUUGCUGAAACUUUGCGGACUUCUUCUUUCCUUAAAGUUUCUGAAGAUGGGAAAAAGGUUGGAAGGGUCACUGAACUGGCAAAACCAGAUGAGGUUAUAGAGCAAUUAGACAGUAGAACUAUUGCUGCAUCUCCACUGGAGUAUGAUGUCAAGCUUGAAGAUGUAGAGGCCUUCUUUGGUCAGUUUGGGAAGGUUAACAGUGUGAGGCUUCCUCGUCAUGUUAAUGAUAAGAGAUUAUUCUGUGGGACAGCACUUGUUGAAUUCUCUUCAGAGGAAGAUGCUGCAAAAGUUUUGGACCAAAGUGUUGUCUAUUCUGGAAUUGAUUUAGAGUUAAAACAAAAGAAGACCUUUGAUGAAGAAAGAGCUAAGGAAGAAGAAGAAUUCAAAUCCCGUCCUCAGUCUUCUUCACAUCGUAAAAGUGUUGAAGAAGACUACCCUAAAGGCUUAAUUCUAGCCUUCAAACUCAAAAGCAUCUCACCAGAAGGAAAUUCAGAGCAAAACGGUGCACAUGAGAAAACUGCCGAGAUAUCUUUGGAAUCUGAAAAUGUUGAAAAUGAUCAAGGAAAUGAUGACAAUGUUGAGAAGGGUGAAGGAAAGGAUGAAGAGAAUGAUGGUGUGGAAACUGGACCCGAGGUAUCUGAUUCUGUGGAGAAGUCUAGCAUUGUUCAAAAGGAUGAACAAGCUUCAACUGAGAAAAAGACAACUGCUUCAUCUUUCAAAGACGACAAAAAUGUUGUUUUGCGCGAGGAUCUUAAAAUUCUGUUUGGAAAGUUUGGAACUGUAAAGUUCGUUGAUUUCAAGAUGGGGUCAGAGACUGGAUAUGUUCGGUUCGAAGAUGAAGGGGGGAGUCAGAAAGCCCGUGCUGCUGCUGUACUUGCUGAGGAAGGUGGUCUGAUAGUAAAAAAUUUCAUUGCUAUAUUGGAUCCUGUGACCGGUGACGCAGAGAAGGAAUACUGGAGUUUACUCCGCAGUGGCCAGCCUGAUAGAAACCGAGGAAAUUUCAAGGGCAACCGAGGAAGGGGUGGAAGAAACAACCGCGGGUGGAAGAAUUCACGCAGUAGGGAAAAUGAUUCAGGGAGUCGCCCAAACAAGUUCCAGAAGGUUGGGGCAUAG